ACAUGUGGAGAACUUUUCUCAGCCAGUGGAGCGGAAAAUCGUUCUUCCUUAAUGAAAGAAUAGCUGCUCCUGAUUUUGAACUGUUUACCGAUGCAGCCUUCCCGGUCGGGUUCGGCCUACUUCCAAGGACAGUGGUGUGCUAACAAGUGGCCAACUCAAUUGUUUGACAUUGCAGGAGAUGACAUGUCUAUAGCAUUAUUAGAACUGUACCCCAUCAUAAUGGCAUCAUCUUUAUGGGGUCACCUGUGGACUUCAAGGAGCAUUUGUUUUGUGUGUGACAAUUUGGCCACUGUUACAAUUUUGAACAAGGGCAGAUCAAAAGUCCCAGUGAUUAUGCUGUUUGUAAGGAAGUUAGUGUUGAAUGCAGCUACUUAUAACUUUGUCUUCAAUGCAGUACACCUACCAGGUCGUGACAAUCUUAUAGCUGAUGCACUAUCUCGAUUACAGAUAGAGAAGUUCCAGCAGCUAGCCCCCGAAGCGCAACCAUGCCCGACACCUUGCCUGCCUAUGGACAAAUUGACUAUGCCGCCGACCCAGGGCUAGAUCACCUCUGGGAGCAAGCCCUCUCUCCGCACACAAGAACCGUUUAUAACUCAGGCCUGAGAGCGUUUCUGAUGUUUAUGAGUAUGUCAGGUGUUACGUGGUAUCCUCAAGCAUUACCCUGUAUCAAUGAACAAGUGUUGCUAAACUUUGUGUCACAUUGCCAUUACAAGCUGAAAGUGACUCACUCUACGACAAGAGAGUACCUAAGUGGCGUCAGAUUUCAUAUCUUAAGUCAUGGAGUUAACAAUCCAUGGUGCAACAACACCUUGUUGCGUUUACAGACAAUAAUGAGAUCAUUGAAGAAACUGGCAGGUGUCAGAGCAGCACCACGUCUCCCAGUGACAAUCGUGAUUCUGAAACACAUAGUGAGGACGUUGAAUGGCGGUCUGUUCUCAGCAUAUUUAGACAUCAUGCUGGCAGCUGCUUUCUGUACAGCCUUUUUCGGUUUUCUACGAUGUGGAGAGUUGACCUACCACCAUUUCAACCCAAGCCAAAACCUGUCGAUGGAAGAUGUUGUGUUUGCCAGUGAGAAUUCUAAAUUCCACCUAAAACUAAAGGCUUCAAAACUGACAUAUUCGGAGGAUCCGCUCUUCGUCAUGAGCGAUGGUACUGCUUUUACCAGAACAGUAUUUGUUAGCAGCCUUAAAUCAGUACUUACCGCAGCAGGCUGGAAUGACCGACAGUUCAAUGGUCAUUCCUUCCGCAUUGGGGCGGCCACCUCCGCAGCAGCAGCAAAUGUCCCAGAUCACCUCAUCAAAACGUUGGGGCGGUGGUCCUCAGACUCUUACCUAAGAUACAUCCGUACUUCCGACAGUGCCAUUGGAAAAGCGCAUUAUGCUAUGUGUGGUUUACCUAGUGUCUAGUCAGUUGUUGGUCUUCCCAUUUUUAUGCAUCUUGUACUUUGCCAUCACGGGAGGCACAGGUGGUUCCUUUCUGUUUAUAGUGUACAUCAUGUUGGGGGUAUUCUCAGUUAUAACAAGGUUAUUCCCGAUCAUUGUGGCAGUCAAAUAUCAUAAAGAUCAAGGGGAUAUUUUUCACCCCCCAUCAUUCAGGGUGUCGACCAGCUAAAUGGCAGCUAUAAUGAACUGACAGCACCCCAUGCUGGGGUUAGUAAGACUGAUGCUCAGUCAAAGUAUGUUUCAAACUCAGGUAUGGAUAGUAGUAUGUGCAAUAUAACAUCAGGCUGGAAUUAUCGAGGACUGAUGCUCAGUCUAAGCUUCGGAUCUAGGUUGAUGCUCAACCAUGCUAAAAAUUAGGAGUUCGCACCCAAUGCUUGGGUAAGGUGUUCCAGCACCCCAUGCUGGGGUUAGUAUCAAGCUCGCACCCAAUGCUGGGGUAACGUGUACCAAUUAUAGGUUGAUGCUCAACCACAGCAGUUCAGGUUUAUACCAACAAGUAUUAGCAGG